AUGCCGCUUCUGGUGGCUCCGAGCAGCACACAUGGAGUGGCCCUGGUAGACCCUCGACGCGCCCCGACCCCCGCCUACGAGAGCGUGCCCCAGGAGCGUGCCCCUCGCCACACGCCACGCAGCUUGGCCGCCCGCCCCGACGUGUGUGCGGCCGUCGAUUUCACGAUGUCCAAGUUUAAGGCAUCCUCGCGCCACUCGCUGUACCGCCAGUUCUACGGUGCGGACGAGUCGCCACCGUACGAGAAGCCCGACGAAACAGAUGCGGCCGAGCCGGAAGGGCGCGAAAAAUCCUUCGGUAAAGGCUGGCUCAACAACGAAGCCCAGUGGAACUAUCCGGGGCUAGCGCUGGGCACGAUCCCCGGUCAGCCGCCGGGUCCAAUAGUGUCCGGCCCAUCGGUUCCACCAGCCCCGCCACCACCACCACCACCACACCUCAGCAUGGCGUCCCACCAUCCAUCGGCACCCGCCAUGCACCCGCCACAGCAGCCACCGUUCCACCUGAACCCGACCAGCCUGAUGAGCCUGCGGGAGAUGAUGCUCCAGAGUCCUGCCGGGCUGAGCCUGCUCGGUGCGGACGCCAGCAGUGGGCUGGGGCUGCUGAAGCGCACCAUGCUCGACGCACUCCCGUCCGGCUCGUCGGCGACCACCGGCUUCCCGCCGGGAGUGGGGAUUAACCCACUCCCGGCCUCCAGCUGCUUGUCCGCCACGUCCACCACCACGACGUACAGCAGCCUGCCAUCGAUGAUUCCGACGAGCGUUGCAUCAUUAUCGGCGCACCAGCGGCCACCACAUCGGCAGCAGAUCAAAAAGGAGCGCGAUGAGUCCGAGCCGGAGCCGGAGCCGGAGCCGGACGACAGCAAGGAUGACGAGGAUGACGAAAAACCGAUGGCCAAACAGCGUCGCCCCGAUCGACACCCGUCGCCUCUGCGGCCACCCCACUCCAUAUCACCGUUCCAUCGCGGCUCGUCACCACCACAGCCACCGUCGUCGUCGAUGGCGGCCUCAGCGUACUAUCACCGCCACCAGCCACAUCUGUAUCACGCGGGGGGCGGUGGCCACCCGGCCCCAGCCACGACGGUAGCCGCGGCCCUGUCACAUCAAAGGCAACAUCAAAGGGAUUCCGCGGAGCGUGAGCUGAAUUUAAAUGCGAAUACCGUCCGGGCGAGAAACGAGCGAGAACUGCUCCAGCAGCAGCAGCACCAGCGUCCGAGCAACCACCACCACCACCACCACCACCACCACCAGCACCACCACCAGCAUCCGUACCGCAAUCAUCAUCAUCUGCUCGCGGACCGUGCCGAGAUUGAAAUGCUUCGCGAACAGCACGAAGCGAUGCCGCGCGAUCAGCGGCGGCGGCGGGCGACUCCGAGCUCCGACUCCGAGCCCGAUCCGGAUCCCGGCGACGGGCGGGGCCGGCGGUGGCGCGGUCCGGGCGGUACCAUUCCCGAGCCCACCGAGGACCGAGGGCCGCGGAUCCACGAUCACCGGUUCGGUGCGAUGGCGACGGAGCCCGCCUCAAACGCUGACGACGACGACGACGGCGACGCCCAGCCGUCCGGCAAGGAUCACUCCCGGGGGGCGCACAGCAAGUCAUCUUCACCUGACCUGAGCAUAAAAACACCAAAAUCACCAUCGCCACCCCGUUCGCAUGACGACAUCGACAGCGACCGGGACGAUGGCAGUGACCGGGAGAACCUUAGCAGCCCCUUAGCCGGCGAGCGCCCGGAACGAACGACUCCGCUGAAUCUGAUUACGGACUCAUCCCGACGGACACCAUCGCCACCGCAGUCGAGCGCCAUCCAGGGCGGUGGGCUGGGUGUAGCGCUGGCGGCCCUCCAGAACCAUCUGCCGCUCAGCUCGCUGUUCCUGCAGAACCAACUCGGGCUCGGCGGGCUGGCCGGACUGUCCGGGCAGGAUCUCGGCAUGCUGCAGCAGGCGCUCCAAGCGCAGCAGGCAUCGAUUCAGCAGCAGCUCCAGCAGUAUAUGCUCCUGCAGGUGCAGGGCAGUGCCAGCGCCAACGGGAAUGCUGCGGCCGCCGCCACGGCCCAGGCUCAGGCCGCCGCCCAGUUUCUUAUGCAAAACCAGGUCCAGCAAGCCGUCGCCCAGCUGCAGGCCCUGCAGAAGCAGCAGCAGCUCAAAACGGCCAGCUCGACGCCGACCCCGACCGGAGUGCCGACGGUCACCAGCUCUCCACUGCACAGCCCUUCCGGAAGUCCGGGUCUUCACCACCACCACCAUCACCACCACCACUCGCAGACACAGACCGGCCCGAUGAUCGGGGCCAGUCAAACGACGCCCCCCAACGCCAGCCAGCUAAACGUCGGUGGCAUCCUGACGCCCUCGACGCCCGGGUCCGGAGUGCACACGCCGCAGCUCCAGAAGCACGCGGCGGCCCCGCGGGCCCUCGAGCCGUCGCCCGAGGAAACGACCGACCUGGAGGAGCUGGAGCAAUUCGCCAAAACGUUCAAGCAGCGCCGGAUAAAGCUCGGCUUCACGCAGGGCGACGUGGGGCUCGCGAUGGGCAAGCUGUACGGCAACGACUUCUCCCAGACCACCAUCUCUCGCUUCGAGGCGCUCAACCUGAGCUUCAAGAACAUGUGCAAGCUGAAACCGCUGCUCCAGAAGUGGCUCGAGGACGCGGACAGUAGCAUCUCCAACCCGGGAGGACGCAUCUUUAGCCCCGCGGCCCUGUCCAACACGAUGGCCACGCCGGAAACGAUGGGCCGGCGGCGCAAGAAGCGCACCUCCAUCGAAACAUCCGUCCGGGUGGCGCUCGAGAAGGCGUUCCUCGUCAACUGCAAGCCGACGAGCGAGGAAAUCUCGACGCUGGCCGACAACCUGUGCAUGGAGAAGGAGGUGGUGCGCGUUUGGUUCUGCAACCGGCGCCAGAAGGAGAAGCGAAUCAACCCACCGAACGGCAUGGACAGCCCAACGCACUCGUCCGCCAGCGGGGAGCUGUUCUCCGGCCCAACCCUCGUACCAGGUCUCUCCUCACCGUCGUCCACCACGUCAACCGUCGGGCACUACGGGCACCACGGUGGCGCUGCGAUGCCCGGCACCGGCAGUGGGAGCAUCAAGCAGGAAUGACCGUCGGAGCGGCCACUGGACCUGCCGUGGACGGCGGCCGACCCGCCGAUGGCGAGCUAUCUCCACUAAACCGGGCCCACUCCCCGUUCCGGACACCAGCAGCAGCAGCAGCAGCAGCAACAUAUCAGCGUGCCCCUCUCGCUCGGCGAGCACAUAUGGCAAGAUGGUGGUGAACAGAGAGAUUAAAUAGUCACACCCGGCACCCGGAGACCGCAGCUCGUAGCAAUAUAAUUAACACUCU